CCGUGCGCCGAUCCCCUCUUCUGACAACCCCUUCCGCUGAAUCCUCCUGCCGUCCGCUGCAUUCCUCCGCUCCGCCUGCAUUCUUGUCUGUCUCUCUCGCCCCCCUCUCGCUCUCCGACGACUGCUGGUCGGCCGCCGCCGCCCUAAGCCAGGCGCUGAGGCCUUCGUCUGUCUCUCCGCCGGCCACGAGCACGCACCAGCCAGGCAAUUUUCCACACUGGAAAGGAAGGACAAUCAGAGCCAAAACUUUCUUCAUAAACCUGAAUAAAGGACAUGCGAUUAAGGAAUACAGACAGGGCACCACGUAGCUCAAGUCGUCGCAAUAAUGUUGUUUCAUGGAUCUCUGAAGUUAAAGACACAUCUAAUGUGACCGUAAGAAAGAAAAGGGGGAGAAGAGCACCUCCAUCUGCUACAAGAUUGCGUGGUAAAAGGGUGGAUAAGGCGAUUGAAAGUGAUGGUGCUGUUGACAGUGGCAGCGAUGAUACAGAUGGACAGGUUGGCAAGGGUCAGCCUAGUGCACACAUUGAGAAACAUGUUGAUGGGAGAACUGGUGAUGACUUAGCAAAAGCAGGCCACUCAGGUAAUUCUUCCGAUGGUCCAUCCUCAGCUUCAGAAGAACAGGACCAUUCAACAAACUCUAAAGACAAGCUCCAAAAAUCUAGCUCUCAAAACACAAAGAAGGUUUUUGGAAACUCAACAAACAGCAAGCAAGGUGCAUCUCAUUUGGAACAGGAAGGUGCAAAUGAAGAUGGGUCUCAUGUGCAAGUCAUUGCUGCAUCGGAUGCAAAAGUGGAUACAACAUCUGAUGAUAAAAGUUCAGAAGAAGUUGAAGAUGUGAAGGUGUGUGACAUAUGUGGAGAUAUUGGUGAGGAGGAGAAGCUUGCUGUCUGUAGCAGAUGCAAUGACGGUGCAGAGCACACGUAUUGCAUGCGGGUAAUGAUGGAAGAAGUUCCAGAUGGUGACUGGUUGUGCGAAGACUGCCAAACUGCGGUAGAAUCUGAAAAGGAGAAUAGACUAAAAAAAUCUCAGGUGAAGGUUGACACUUCAAAAGAGCUGUCCUUUGAAGGGGAGAUUAACAAACCUGCCAUUGCUGCAAAGAGCAGAAGUUCUUCUGACUGUGAACUGAAGGCUGAGAAUAUAGAAAACAAAGAGUCAGAUACCACAAAUGAGGGAAAUGAUAUGGUCAAAACCAGGACGGAAGAAGAUGCUGCGACGACAUCCUCAAUUAGAGAUACUACCCCUGAAACUGGUGGCUUGUACAUGGGGGCUGACUCCAGAAAGAGAAUGCAACCAUCACGCGAGAUAUUCGUGUCUGAUGCUGACAAAGGAAAGCAACCUAGCCAUCAAGUGGCAACUUCAUUGGCGGUUAAUGCUCUGAAGAAUCAGGCACCACAGUCUCGUGGUCAACUUUCCAAAUCCACUUCUUUCAACAACUCAAAGGUUCCGAAAGUGAAACAGCUAUUGAAUGAAGUUCCUCAGAAGCCAAAAAUUUUGAAGGAUUCUUGGUCUUCUGUUAUCAAUAAAAAGGAAGGGCCAAUCAGCAUGACUACUAAGUCAGCGACCUUCAAAAAACCUAAGCCUUGUGAGCCAGCAAACAGGGCAAAGUCUUCCAUCUUGUCACCUGCCGAGGAGCCAAGGGCGAUGAAUCAGUUGGUGAGCCAAAAUGUAACAAAUGGUCAGUGUUCUUCGAUAUUGGGGCCUCCCUCUGCCACAGCAUCAAUGGUUGCUCCUGUUCUAAAAACUGAUACCAGAGCUCAGCUCUUCUCUACAAAAAAUAACACGGCUGACUCAAAUAAUAUAGGCGCUGUUCAUGUACAGGGUGCUAAAAAUUCUCUUGGAAACAGUGAGCUCAAGAAGCCUCCUUUGGCAAAAGUGCCGGGAAAUAUGAUGCUAUCUAAUGCUGAAAGAUCCUCAGGUGGGAUUCUUGGUUCCGGUGCUCAUAGAAAAGUGAUACAAAAUUCAGAUCCUUCACAGAGGGAUACUAAAAUAAAGGACCAAACUGGCUUCAGACAGGGUGCUGCUAGCAGCAAUCGGACAAUCCGUUGCCAAAGAUGUAAUGAAGUGGGCCAUUCUGCCCAGUUUUGCGGAGUUGAAAAACUUCGCCUGUCUUCAGUAAAACCUUUGAGUGAGCAAAACUUGAAAGAUGCAUCUGCCAAAAGAAACAAGACAUCUGAAACUAGUACAUUGGCAUCUAGUGAAAAAGCUCCUUCAAGAGAAGAGAAUCAAUUAGAGCAUAUCAUAAAAUGUGGUACCUAUCAGAAUCCGAUAAAUGGGCCAAAAGAUGCUUUACCUGCCCCAUUCAGCCAUGUGAAGAAGCCCUCAUUAUCACCUCGAGCUAAUGUGCAGGAUAUGGGAUGUAUUUUGUCCAUCCCGGGGAGCGUAGAUUAUAGCAAUCUGAAGUUCAAAGAUAAUCAUCCAUCUCUAUCUGCCACAGCAGGAAUCUCUGCUAAUAAUGGUUGCAUUAUGCCAAAUGAUCAUAGGGAUGAACCUGCUCAAGGUUUUUCAGCUGGUGAUGAAUCAAUGGCUUCAACUGUCCCUGAGCUGGACUGGAUAUGGCAAGGUGGUUUUGAGCUGCAGAGGACUGGAAGAUCACCGGAGCUGUGUGAUGGUUUCCAAGCCCACUUAUCAUGUUCUGCUUCACAGUUAGUGCUGGAUGUAGUUAAGAAAUUCCCUUCUAAAGUCCAGCUUGAGGAAGUUCCUCGGCAGAAUUCAUGGCCGACACAAUUUCAGGAAAAUGGUCCAACUUAUGACAACAUAGGUCUUUUUUUCUUUGCUAGGGAUGUUCAGAGCUAUGAAAAUCACUACAGUAAAUUAGUUGAAAAUAUGCUGAAGAAUGAUUUAGUUCUCAGAGGAAGUGUUGGUACUGUUGAGUUGCUCAUAUUCCCUUCCAAUAUCCUGUCAAAGAACUUCCAAAGGUGGAAUAUGUUCUACUUUCUAUGGGGUCUAUUCAGAGUUAGCAAAAAAGAUUCCUCUAACCUCGGCCCCAAUUUGGUAAAGUCAACUAAUUUUGCACCGAGCUUGGAAGCCAGUCAUGAGGUGUGUUUGGAUGGGGAGAUAUCUUUGAAUCAACCUCUAUGCAGAAGAGCUCUAGAUGAUCACCUAGAUUCAGAUACAAAAGCAAGUUCAACAAUUAGCAAUGGUGCUAUGGGUCCCUCUGCCAUGUCUAUGCAAAGAAAACAUCAGAAACCUGAUUAUCCAGAACACCAAGAUAAAAUGAGGGACACUUUUGGUGGUAAUGUUAGUGAAAGAGAUUUUGAUGUGAACAUGGUGCCCGUUACUUGUUCUGUCUCCUUAACCCACCUUGAGGAAGAAUCUGGCAAGGUGAGCACAACCAUCAACCUUAAUGACGCAGACAACCUUAUGGAUAUAGACCAUGUAAAUACCUGUGAGGUUAGCACAGGUGCACUGGAUCGUUCACAUGCAUCAGUUGGUGCAAAUAAAAGAAGUUUUGAGAUGGCCAAAGUAGCUGAUGAAGUCGAUGAAGAACCCGAGCAUAAGAAAAUUAAAUUGGAAAAUGUAGUGCCUAUGAACUCUGGUUCAUGCGAGAAUGCCUACAAUGGAAGGUUAUCAUCUAAGGUGCAUCCCCUUUCAGCUUCCUCUGUGAACGAUGGCACUAGCAAUAAACUGAUGGCUGGAAGCUCAAACAGUGAUGGAAAGUGUGUGUUUCCACUUGAUCUAAAUGCAGUGGAUGAUGAGAACAUCGUAAAUAUUCCAUCUUCAGAUGAUGAAGAGUUGCCAGAACCUGUUUCGUUACAGGUUGGAAAGCAGACCAAGGGAGAUCUAUCCCUCUCGCUUGCAUUUCCAUCUGGGAAGGAACUAGGUAGCAAACCACAAUUUGAGCCACAGAGCCACUUGCCUGAGAGGAGCAAUAAGAAUAAUACAUCAUCCAUUUGGGGCCAACAGUGAUGGCGAGUUGCCCUUGCAUUUCUGAUGUCUUUUGCUCGGAGACAAAUCGUUGAGGCUCCCGUCCACCACAAAAUGAACCACCCAGAGGAUCAUUGUCCUGAAACAGAUGCACUUGCAAUUUUGCCUUGUCUGCAGUGUUAGCCUCAAAUGGUUGGCGUCACAUCUAUCUGGAUUCAAAGCUGCAAUGAGCUCCAAUGCUCAGACCAUGGGGACUUGGUUCAGAAUGAGCGAGCUGGUCCUCCAGAAUUUAGUGCCUGAUAUUAGUGGUUAAAAACAUAUAAAAAAAGAAAUCUGCAUUGUAAAUGGCAUCUGCAUUUUUGCCCUUUGCUUAGGUCCGACAAUUAGAUGGUACAAAGCUCGAGAGAAUUGCUGGUGUUUGAUCGCUAUUGAUGACUGUUGGUCGUUUUUGUUCCUUUGUUUCUCUAAGCCAUGAAUUUUCUGUAAAAUUUGCACUAACCCUUCGGCGAGUACACUGGAUUAGCCAAAUACCCUAACUCCGCUUGUCCAUGGCUGUUUAUCAACAAAUUAAGGAACUUGUAAUGAUAUAUCUCUGAAGGAGUCUGCUUAGCAAUGUA